CGAUCCUCCCUCGAUCCUCCUUGUGUUCACAAACAACAUACCUUCGCUUUCUCUCCUCAUCUCUCUCUCUUUGAAUACUCAAAACCUAGAAAGCAAAGCCGACCACACACUCUCUCUUUUGCUCCUUCGUUUGUUUGUUUGUUUGUUUGUUUGUUUUUCCAUAGAACAGCCUUAUUAUUGUUGCUAUUAUAGCAUGAGCAAUAUUGUUCCAAACAACAACUUUUGCUGAGAAAGAGAGGUUUUCUUGCUGUCUUAUACAUCCAAAAAAAACAAAACAUAUAUGGCAUCACCUUCUGAACUAACCCUUGACUGCAAACCCCACAGUUAUUCUAUGCUAUUGAAAUCUUUUGGUGAUCAGCAGAUUGAUCAAACCCAGAAGCUUGAAGAAUUCCUUUCUCGUCUUGAGGAAGAACGCCUCAAGAUCGAUGCUUUCAAGCGAGAGCUUCCCCUUUGCAUGCAACUUCUCACCAAUGCUGUGGAGGCUUCAAGGCAGCAACUACUGGCAUGCCGAGCAAAUCAUGGAUCAAGACCAGUUCUUGAAGAAUUCAUGCCCCUGAAAAACUCAAGCUCGGAGAACUCAGAGAAGUCACAAAACAUAUCUGAUAAAGCAAACUGGAUGACAACUGCACAACUAUGGAGCCAAGCGGGAAACGAAACGAAACCACAAUCUUCAAUUACAUCCCCUAAAGAAACUGAGAUCGGUUUCAAUGUUAGUCCCAAGCUGGCCUUAGAUACGAAGCCGAGGAACGGAGGAGCUUUCCUUCCAUUUACCAAAGAACGAAACUCAUGCCCUGGUUCGGCUUUACAGGCUCUUCCUGAUUUAGCUCUUGCUUCUGCCAAUAAAGAUAUGGAAGAUAAGAGAUGCUCAGACACCGAAAAUGGCAUGUCUUGUCAACGGAGAGAGAACUCUGGCAAAGUUAGCAACGGCGUAGUUGUGAUCGAGCAAGGAAGAGGAACGGCUAACACAAUUGAUGGGCAAACGGCAAAUACUAACCCUAGUGCAAACACUACGCAACCUCAUAGGAAGGCUAGGCGAUGCUGGUCACCUGACUUGCAUAGGAGAUUUGUCAAUGCUCUCCAGUUGCUUGGGGGUUCUCAAGUUGCCACACCAAAACAAAUCAGGGAGCUGAUGAAGGUAGAAGGUUUGACCAAUGAUGAAGUGAAAAGCCAUCUGCAGAAAUAUAGGCUUCAUACGAGGAGACCAAGCCCAAGUCCACAAGCAACAGGAGCCCCAACACCCCCGCUUGUAGUCCUAGGUGGCAUCUGGGUCCCACCAGAGUAUGCCACUGCCGCAGCAGCCGCCUACAGUGGGGCCCCCACUCUGUAUGGAACUCACCACCCAGCAGCUGCCCAUGCACCACCUCACUUCUGUGCACCACCAGUGCCCCAAGAGUUCUACACUGCUGCAGCAACACCAGCUCCACCACCACCCCAGCUGCACCACCAUGCCAUCCACCACCAGCUCCACAUGUACAAGGCCAACUCACAGGCCCAUAGUUCACCGGAAUCCGACGUCAGGGGAGCCGGAGACCGCUCUGAGAGCAUUGAAGACGGUAAGUCUGAGAGCAGCAGCUGGAAAGGUGAGAGCGGUGACAACGGUGGCGCUGGAGAGAGAAAAGGGUUAGCUGCAUUAAGAGAAGAAGGUGAAGAAAGCAAUGGUAGUGAGAUCACUCUCAAAUUCUGAGAGAGUUUAAAAAAAAAAAAGAGCGGGAGAUUUAGGGUUAGGGUUAGAGUUUAGGUAUUCCGUGUAAUCAUAUGCUAUUAUUAUUAUUAUUAAUUGCGUUCAAAAUUCCUAAGAAAAAAAUUACGUUAAAUAUGAAGAGAGGGUAAGAAGGGCAUAAUGGAAAAGUGAGUGGUCGUUUUGUUCAA